AUGGGGCCGAAUCUCCACACAUUAGAAAAUAUCUUUAGUAAUCUCAGAAGAUCACAGCACGUGAUUACAGGUGACUUCAAUGCUCACCAUCAAAUGUGGCAUUACAACAAUACAGAUAAUAGAGGACAUACACUAGCUGACUUUAUUGCUACACACAAUCUGUAUAUACAUAACCUCUCUUCAGACACUCCUACAUUUGAAACGACAAAUGAUAAAGGAUGGAUAGACUUGACACUGUCAACAUUGAGUAUCUCAAAUAAAAUACAAGAAUGGAAAGUUCUUGAUGACCCAAGACACGCAGAUCAUAACUACAUCUUAUUUGAAUUAUCAGGAGAAAUACCCGACUUCAAAUUAAGAAGAUUAUCAAUCUCAAAGCAGAAAGCAAGGAAGUUUGGAAGAAAAUUCUCCACAUGGCUUCAGUAUGCGGAGGAACUUAUAGAUAAAUGCACAUCACCCGAUGCAGUCCAUGAUAUAAUGGAAACAAUUAUCAAAACAAUACAGGAGACAGCGACGAAGACUAACUGGUGGACAAAGGAAUUAAGACGUGAAAAGCAACAUGCAAAGGCUCUUCGUAGAAAACUAAAAAAUGCUCCGGAAGGGUUGAAAAUGGAAAUAUGGAUAAAAUACAAGCCACAAACAUUAGCAAAUUACAAAAAGAAAAUAACAGAGGCAAAAUUGCGCAGCUGGAAGAAUUACUGCUGUAAUAAUAAAGAAACAUGCGGCCAGCUGUAUAAAAUGGCUACAAGUAAAGUUUUCAGUCUUACACAAAUACUCUUCCAAAAGAUCAAGAUCAACUCUCACAUAACAGCCAGCUUGGUAAUGUCACUGGAAAGAUUCUCAACAAUAUUUAGAUGCUGUCUUCCUAAAAGAUAA